AUGUUACAGUGCGAACUCUGUCGCGACUGGUUCCACCCUAAGUGUGUUGGCUUCCCACUUAAGGUAGGACUGCAUUUCCCACUUUUAUUUCUUUUGUUUUUUCUAAAUUAUUUUCAUCUGGGUGCUUUUUGUUGUCCUACACCCGCCUCUGUUAACCGUGAAGACGUAGACUCCUGACGUCACAUUGAGCUCUUGUUGACCUAUUUUUACUGCAGAAAUUAAUGCAGAAGAUUGCAGAACCCCAGUCUAGAGUUGUCGCAGACGAUCACAUAGGGGCAAACGAUUAAUAGUCGGAAAAAGUUGCUCACAUAAACAAGGGCGGUUGAGUGGUCACUCUUUAACAGUCGUUCAUACCCCGCCGUGCAACACGACCAGCCGACCUAUCGGGGCUCAAAUCGCAAGUCUGGCUGGCCCGAGAUUGGGGUAGGUGCGACUGACAAUGAGGAGUAAACCGCAUCGUUCCUUGCAUGGUGAACCUCCCUGAAUUCAGGGAAACCCACUGCUGCACUCUGGGUGAUCAACAGAUGGGAGAGUUCCGAGACCUAUUGGUUGCAUAAGCCAUCAAGGAACCAACGGUCCUCUGAUCAAACGAAGAUUGCCACACUUUAGGGGGUCUUGCCACAGCAAUGAAACACAGAGACGCCUUCGGAUAUACCAUCUUCGGUAUCAGUUACCGCUCCCGUAUCUCCAGGCAUUAAACCACGACUAAGACGCCGGGCCAACCGCGUGCGCCGAUCAACACGUCUGAUGCAGGUCAACCCACGCCAGAAUCGGUACUGACCUACUUGGAGGGGAGGUGUUGGGAGUGCCUACACUUCCAAAAACAAGAGCCAGCCAAUCACGGGAGGCCACGUGCGUUUUCUCUACUGCGCUGUCAUCUUAAUCGGGGCGCCUCUCCAUUGGCUUUCCCUCGCGGGCCUGAUCGAUCGGCAUAUUCGAAUUAUCGACCGGCUCGUCUCGAAUGUUCUUCCCGAAGGGCAUUGGGCCGAACGCCGGCGAAGCACCGUAAGGCCUUAUAAAUACGCGUUACUUCCCGUUCAUUUUGACUUGCAAUUUCCUAAUACACAGUUUCGUGGCCGGUCGCGUUCUCCUUCUCUGCCGCGUUGGUAUUGGGGACAAGGGUCGAGUGCGCAUACGCUCCACAGGAUUUCACGUACCAGGCGGGUCAUAACACUAUCAUUAAAGAGACCUUUGAUUUCCCGAAGACGAUCAACACUGUCCCACAAAUCGAAGGGGACACUAUCGUCGGUUUGCCACCACAGUAGGCAACUAUAAAAACUAUUUUCUUUUAAGCUCCAGACUCUGACGAAAUUCCCGCCGUAGAUCGCAAAUGCUCAAAAACUUGGUCCAUCCCUUUCAGAAUAUAUUGCGACGAGGAAUUUCACAAGCCUUUACAGACGCCACCGCCGUUCGCCUUUGCACAGAUAAACUGGCCGAUUUACAACCAUCAAUGGAUCUGUCCUCAUGAAAUUGUCGCUUGCAGUCCGGUAAAUCAAUUGACCCUGACUUGGAAUAAAAAAUCCCACAAGAAGUGCAAUGAGCAUCCGACAACUCGUGCAGUGCCGCCAUUGUGACUUUCCGUUUUACAUCUGCAAAAUGCAUGCCUCGCAAUGCAAACCAACCGGCUAUUUGGAUAAAAAAGAAGCACUUUAUAAGAUUCCAUGUGCCACUUCUAGUGCUGUAUAUUGUGGUCAAGCCGGGAAAUCCGCCUCCACAUGCCUAUAUGGACACCAAUUAGCAGCAAAGAGGCGGGACCACUUAUCCUAAAUCGCCAUGCAUACUCUGGAAACUGGCAAAAAAUUGUUUGAGAUAAAACACGCACUGUUGGUUCCUACGCAUAUUUGAAAGGCCGAGAAUUUCUAGAGGUCAUUCACUCUGUUGAUUCAUGCAUCAAUCGGCAUAUUUAUAUCGACGCCAUGUACACAAAUCUCAAAAACUGGAACAGGUGAUAGCCAAUCAAAAUGUGACCUCAGCCCAUAGCAUCGACCCAUCCUCAGCACUGAUGAAACAAUAUCGAUUUUUCGGGCAUAUUUAAAUGUUUACUGUUUUUCAUAUUUUCUACUUGUCUGACGAUGACCUGGGGAACCAGCGUCGUAAAUUUACGAAAUGAAGUUUGUUAAAUUUCCCAACGGACUCCAUUUUCUUCGCAAUGCAAUAUAUAUAUUACAAAACUUUUAAAAAGGAUGCUUUCGUUUUGCUGUUCGAGGACGAUUUUUAAUCGCUAAUCGUUUUCGGAUUUCCACUGGUUGUUCCGGUUGUCGUGCUCGAACUGUUUUUUUCCCAAUUACUAACUUCUAUAGUAUACCGCCGUCCCCCUCAGGGAGAAGAGCGCUCGUUCUCUGAUUUCAAAGCGUAAAAGCCAGCGCCAUCGGUUGGCAUCAUCACUCUUUCUCAAGUUAAUUCCUUUUCAUUCGAGGCACACUGACAGGGAGUAGGCAUUCGUUGUUUUCAAGGGCCUUUGCAGGUUCGACUGACAGCAUACGACAACGCAGGACACGAAUGCAGCGCUACUAUCCCAGAGCGCAUUAUUAAAUCAUCUUUGUGUGUUAUAGGUCUUUUGAAACCGUCUCAAAACCUGCCUUGUUAUUCCGCGUCCUAAUUGACCCUUUUAACCUUCAGCACCACCAUUGUUAUUUCUCCAUCCACUUUCAGGACAUAGAUGUCACCCGUCUGCGCUACACCUGCC